GUUAUUAUUCUGGGUUAUUAUCCUGUCAUGUUUGUUUUAAUUCAUUCCAUAAAGAUUUUAAAAUUUUAAUUUUGUUAACUAAUUAACAAUAAUGAUAAAACGCGUAUUAUUCAUCUAUUUAUUUUUCAGUAGUUUUAGACAUUUGGACGCUGUAAAUCAUUGGAUAGUCACGCAAAGCGGUAAAAUACAGGCAUUUUUGGAAUCUCCAUUUGAUCUUCGCAAACCCGACGACCUCUUGGCCCUGCUGGACCAAGAAAGUCGCAAAAACAGCAUAAAUGACCUCUACGAAGAUCUUGUCUCUAGAAAAAACAUGAUUGAAAAAAAAUGGAUCGACAUUGAAAAAAACUCUAAUGUAGGCUCGCGCGUAACUACCGAAGAUGUAGACUGUGUGGCUGCCGAUAAAUUAUUCUCGGAUUUAGAUUUGUAUAAUAACAUAGCUAUCAAUGGCACUGAACGAGGUAUUAGCAUUCCAGUACCAAGAAAAAUUAAUAUGGAUAAGUUUAAAGACACCGAAGAGCUUAAAGUACCUGUAUGUAUGCAACUAACAUCAGCCAAAUGGUCAGAAUCAUUUGUAAAUAAAACAAAUUUGAUUCUUAAACCAGAAGAAGCUCUAAAAAAAACAUUUUUACCAAUGAAAUCCUUGGAACAUUUUGGUUAUUUCAUUGUCAAAUCUUUAAAAGAAAAUUCUACUUCCUGGGUACAUUAUAACUUAGCCUCAUUUUAUUGGAGAAUUAAAGGAGAAGGAGACAAAGCUAUAGAUUGCCUAAAGUUAGCUAUACAGUUUGUAACUGGUAAUUUCCAAGACAUUCCACUACAUAACUUAGCAGGAAUACUGCAUCAAUCACACCAUUCCAAAGAAGCCAUACAAAUACUAAACAGUGCUAUAAAAUUUGCUCCCGAAGAACCAAAGCAUUAUUUUGCAAUGGGCAACAUUUAUGCUGCAAUGAGGGACUUUAACAAUUCCAUUACAAACUAUGAAAAGUUUUUGGAAUUUGAACCACACAAUCGAGACGCUGCAAGUAAUAGGCACGCAGUUUUGUGUUAUCACAAAUUAGAAAUUGCACUCACAACAUUCCAAAAUGAUCUCCAAAAUAUUUUGUCAGAGUUGCACGAUUAUCACAGCAUUCAGCAACAAUGGCUUAGAUUGCAAGAACGUCUGAUGUGGGAAACUGCAUCAUUCGAUUAUCAAUAUGACCCUCUAAGUCCAGAUAUUUUGGAUUCGCCCAAAAAAGUACAAAGAUGUAUUAAAAAGACAAGUGGAGGCAAACCAGUGAUAUCCUGUGAUUUUUAUGAAAAAGCUUCAGAAGUAGAUAAACUUAACUUACACAGUCUAUUCCAAAUAGUCGAGAGUGAAAAACAAAAAUUAAGCGUAGCUCAUCUGUUUGAAGACUUUAAUUUCAAUAGGGCCAAGCUUAAAGAUGAACCCACUAAAAUUGGAUACCCGAAAUUUCCUACUAGCAUGUCUACAAAGGACAAUCAGUAUUUCGAUGUUACAGGAUGGCCUAAAAAGGAAGAAUGUUUAGAAUGGAACCUUCCAUUGGACGAUAGAGAUGAUUUAGACUUGCCAGUUUUUCUUCCUCCUGAAAAUAAAGGAUAUUUACUAAAAAAAUCUAUCACUGAAGAUUUGAAGUUAGCAGACGGUUCCCAACAUGAUUUACCAUGGUACCCACCCGUUUGCGAAGGGGAUAAUGUUAAUGGAGAAAAAUUUAUUCCCAUUACUGAAAAAUAUUUGUUAGAUACUGAGCUUAAGGCUACUACGCAUUUAAAAAAAGAAUUUUUGAGGUAUGUCAAUGAGGGAAACGCAGAUGAACACGAAAUUGGACAGAGGAUUGUUAGUGCUAUGGAAAAAAAAACUGCCCCCAAGUGGGUUUUGGCAACACUAGCAAGCCUAUACUGGCGUGUCAGAGGAAAUGUUCGAAAAACCCUAGACUGUCUGGAUAUGGCUUUCCAAAGCGCCCCAAAAGAUGACACUGACGUCGUUCUUGUAUCAUUAGGCUCAACAAGUUAUCUGUUAGGCUUAAAAGAACAAGCUUUAAAAUUUGCCACUCUAGCUUUCAAAAUAAACUACGUUGAACCAAGUACAAAUUUCCUUUUGGCCCUUUUGCAUUAUGAAAACAACAACCCUUUGUUGGCAAUUUAUUAUUUGAAAAACACCAUGCGAGUAGAUCCCAAGUUUUACGACGGCCUAGCAGAAAAACUUCUAAAAAUAUGGUCAUGCAGGAUCAAGUUAGGAGCAGGGCCAAAAUUUAUAAAACCUACAAUAGAAUCAAAAUUACAUUGUCCCCAAUCAGCCUCAUUCAAAGGCGAAGCCAUAGUUUGUGACGAAGACCGCACAAAUUGCAAAAAAGAAAAUAUGCAAUGCUUCAAAACGCAAAAACAAAUUGUCAUCGACUCGACAGGGGUGCGCACAUCUGAGAGCUACGAGCAAUGCAAGGACGAGGCUGUCCAAAGUUUGGGACAACAAAUAAUGGCUUCUCUAGUGGCCGCAGAGACCACUGACGAUGAAUAUUUUAUUAAGGAACGGGAACGUCUUAGAGAUGCUAAAGAUGGAUUUUAUUAUCCGCACAUUCAUCAUCAUGUCCAUAUGGGACUAUCUCUGGGAGCUGAACAUUUUCUGAAGGAGUAUAAUAAAGUUGGAGAUUUUUAUGUUUCGCUGGAUAUUAACGAGAGCCCAGAUCAAGAGCAGAGGCUCCACAUUUAUGACAAAUAUGGGACCUAUACUUUGUCAAAUAGUGUUUGUGAGUAUGGAAACCCAAUGGUUCCAUUCAAGUAUUCAGAAUUGUGGGAUUUCAUAGAAGAAAACAUGAUCGAUGUCAGUUCUUACAUCAAACACACUAAAACGAAAACCUCUAAGGAAUCCCCCAAACCGAAUUGUAUGCAAGUAUUAAAUCCGCACAUGCCGUAUGGUUUAAAUGAACUCACUCUUAAAGUUCUGGCUUUGAAAUUGCCCAAUUCUUACGACAAAGAUUUGACUGAGCUGUUGCAGUUGGUUUGUGGCAAUCGAAAGUUGAACACGCGCGAACUUGGAGCUAAAAUUGCCAAGGCUUUGGCACUGGAUGAAACUAAUUGGCAACUUUUGAUGGCCUCUGCAAUAUAUUGGAUAGUUUAUGGCAACACUGAACAGGCUGCUGUAUGUAUCAGAGGGGCCAUAACUAAAGUUUCUCCAGCUGAAUUAGACAUUCCUUUAAUGUUUUUAAGUCAUUUAUUGGGAAAUGUUGGUUUGCCAGAAGAAGCUAUUAAACUUGCCCAUUUAGCUCUGAGUCAAAAUCCCACAAAUUUGUGGAACCAUUUUAAAGUAGCAGAGAAUUAUAUCAAGUUGGGUAAAUUUGAAGAAGCAGUACCUUACCUAAGGGCUAGUUUACUGAUAGAUGACAAAUUUGACCCGGCUAGAACAAGACUGAAGGAGGUACUGUGCAAGUUGUUGUUCGAGGACGGUUACAAUCAGGGCCGAGUCGCUGCUAAAAUUGUUGACAAUUGAGGUAGGAUCUAAGAGCUGAAGAAUUUAUUAUGGAUAUUGUGACGCUGAUUUACAAAAUAUUUUGUAAGUUUGUGCUGUUAAGAGAAGUGGCUCAUAUGAAUAAAACAGAAGCAGAUGCUUUUCCUCGAGAUAAACAUAUUCUGCUUCAAUGCAAUGAAAAGAGAUGGAGGUAGAGUAAAAGCAUUUGCUACACUUUAAGCAUACGACAAAAUAUCUUUGUCCCUUAGAAUUGUGUUAGUGGAUUAGGUUUCAAAAAGCAAAAAAAUGUAAUGCAAUUUGCAAUACAUUUUAAUUUUAUACAGAGUGUUCAGUGCCAUCACUUCUUAUCAAUCCUUUCAAAAUCGUAUGUCCAAGAAGUACCAUAUUUUUUAUUUUUUUUGAAUCAAAUCGAUUUAGGCAUUUAGUCACAGUUUCAUCAAAACGAAUGGGCGUUCCGAGAAGUUCUCAAAAUUACAGGGUUUUGCCAACAAUAUGGAGAGAAAAAUUAGGAGUUUUGGCAUUGCAUAUAUUGCAUUGAAACUUCAUUAUACUCAGAACUGAGUGUUUUAAUAUUAUGUGUGAAAUACUUGUUUGUUGAAAUGUCUUCUUCUCUUCUGGUUCUGAUUUUCCUGGUAAAUUGCAUUAGAAUUAGAAUAUUCUUCUUCUUUUAUAGGUAUCCCCUCAUUUUCAUCUAUUAGUACGAUAUCUGAUAUGUAUUCUCCGGUGUUCUUUAACUCAAUCAUUUUUCACGAGAAACCUGAAAAAAAUGGUAUAAUCAUAUUUCAUAAGUUAACUACAAUAACAUUUGCGAAGAUUAAAGGUGGCACUUCAGAAUCGUGAGACAAGAAUAUAAUAUUUAAUCUACGAAAAUGUAUCGGCAAAUAUUUAAUAUUCAAAUAAUAAUUUAUGCAUUGGGCACCCUGUAUAAAUAGCUAUACUUCAAACCAUAUGUCUAUCCCAGUUUUUUUUUUUUUUUAAUUCCUUGAAACUUUUGUCAAUUUGAAAUUUACGUGUCUAUGAACAUUGACUGUUUACUAAAACCAUUCCAACUUCUUCCACCCAAUUAUAACAUACACAACAUUAAUCAUUUAAGUACAAAAUACUAGAUGUAAACAAAUAUUAUAUGGAUUUCUAUCUACUAUUCUCUUAUUGUGCAUUUUACCCUUCCAAAUACAUGUACCAAUUGUUUGGUAUCUAUUUUUCCUAUAAAUAUUUAUCCAUUAUAUGAAUGUAUUAUCUG